AUGGCGUCCAGGCUCUACCCAUCGCUCAAAACAGCCAUUGCUUCUGUUGUCAGCUCUUACUCCCCUGCCAGAGAACCGGUACAACCCAUACUUUCUUCCGAACUCAAAGAACGACUGAGCGAAAUAUGGUCCGAAUCUUCAGUCGGUCUCAACGCAUCUGAGAGUUCCUCAAAAUCUGGAGAUGUAGUCAGAACGGUGUUAGAAGUGAUUGGUAGAGAUGUUGUGGUUUUACCCAUCACGAGCGGAGAACUUGCCGAGGCUGACAUCGAAGGGUCAAAAGAAGACAAACAAAUAUUCCAAACUAGCCUACAAGAUAGACUAGACGUUGUCUUGACUCUCUUUGAGGUGGUAUAUGCUGCUUACCCAGACCUACCAGCACUUGAACCUGGAGCUCUGUUCAUCCCUCUCCUGGAAGAGCUAGUAGAAUUGAUUUCGGUAGACUCGUGGCGUGAGUUGUGGACUUACGUGGAGACGAGGUCUAAGCGAUUCACAAAGGACAUGCCCGCAUCUCGAGGCAAAGCUCUACCUCUCCUUCGUACCAUCAAUGCCUUUCUUCGGUUCUUACCCCGUACGCCUGAGAAUCUUGUAUUCCGAGGUAGAGUGCAUCAAUUUGCGAGUUCGGUGAUCAGCGUAGCAGAUAAAAGUGCAAUCAAUAUGCGUGGGGAUUAUGCGGAAGUCAGGACUACGUGGGAUGAAGAAGAGAUCAAGGGAAUAGAGGAUCAAGAGCAGGAAGAGGUCCAAGAUGGAGAAGGAGAUGUGAAAAUGGACAUGGAUGACAAUGACGAGAAGAAGAUUGAGGUUGAAGCUGGAACAUCGAGCGAGCAAGAUCUGCCGUCAAAUAAUUCUGUCUCACAUUAUCUUUCGAUAGCAACAGCACCUCAGAUGGAUUUCUACCCAACGUUAUGGUCCCUUCAGCAAUAUUUUGCGCACCCGCCAUCACUGGACGGCAUUGCAACUGGUGAACCGCCCAAGACACCCUUCGACACGUUUAAAGAAAAGUCUGAUUUCGUGCUUCCUCAACUGUUUGCGCAGACGCAAAAGGAGAAAGCUCUACUUGGGAAAGAUACCGAGAUUGGAGGUAAGAAGCGAAAGCGAUCAGCGGAGGACGAAGGGAACGGAGGAUUUUUCCACCCUCGAUUUCUUACAGGGAAACGAUUAUUGGAACAUGAGCUCGCUGAUCCAUCUUUCCGCCGCCAAAUUCUGGUCCAGUAUUUUAUUCUCUUCCAAUUUCUCCUCAAUUUGACUCCAGCUUCUGCCGGCAAACAAGCUUUCACUGGUGGUAUGCCCAAGACCUUUGUACUGGGUACAGACGAUGAAAAAUGGGUCAUAUCAAAGAUUCAGAUAAUAAGGGAUGAAUUGACAAAAAUGGAGGACGGAAAAAGGUUUGAGGAGACUGUGUUAUCAAUAAUAACAAGAGAAGUACACUAUGCUCAAUGGAAGAAUGAUCAAUGCCCUGAAGGAGUCUUCGAAAUUCCUCCUCUUGAAGACAAAACGGCGAAAGAUGCCGCGAAAGCAUGGGAGAAAAGACUAGCUCCUCCCGCAUCAUACACAUUCAAAGUGGGUUCCAGACCACUGUCGAUGUUAUGGAACAACGGUUUCAGAGGUAUCGAUCAGCUUAAAGGAAGAGAAAAAGCUACAAGUGAAGAACAACUGGAUGAAGAGAUCCAGAAAAUUGUGAUUGACGAGGAGGACGAUAAAGCGAUGGGUAGAGAACAACCUCAAGAGGAGAUGGCAGCGAAUAAAGACCGCAAAACUAGUCUUACAUGGCGUGGCCUUCGAUUGGCUUCCCAUCAUCAUUUGCGCUACUUCGGUGUUCUCGCUCCAAAAAGAGAUAUUCAUGUGCUUCUGAAAGCCACACGAGGGGAGACGGACUCGAAAGGGCCUGCAGUAGAGAACCAAGUGGAGGCCGAAAAGAAUGAUGACGAUAAUGGUCAGGAGGUAGAAGUUGCUGGUGAUGAGGAUGGCAAGGACGAACCAAGUGGCGAAGACAGUGCCAUGGAAACGAUUGCCGAACAGCCCGCUCCACAAGACACAGUGAAAACAGAGGACACGGCAAGGGACGUAGAUAUGAAUGAACUUCCCAAGCCAGGGACGGAGGAUGUCGCAGCCAUUGAUACAAUCGAAGACGUCAAACAACCAAGCAGGAGAUUAGAGUCAGACCAGGCAAACUUAGCGGUGGUUAACGAGAUCGAGGCGAAUGGAACUGAACCAGAAGCUCCUAAUCCUCCGACCAGCAUGUAA